CAUUCGUCAACUCUUUCAAAAGGAAGUUGGAUCAACUGAGAGACCACCAUUGCCAGGACUAACACAGGCUAUCAAGCCUCCUGUCCUUAACAAACUGAAACUGAAACGAGGAGAAAUACCAUUCCCAGUUUAAAGUGCAAUAAUCCUAGGACCGGGUUGAACUAUCUGAUUCUAUUUUGCAUUGUGAUCUAGGUCUUGUGUUAUUUUUGGUUUUUGUUUGUUGCUUGCCUCAACAAAUUCAAGUGUAUUGUGUGCUUCUGCUGGGUCAUCGAGUCGUCCUUCACCAUUGUUCUCUUUUCAAGCACUCCACUCAUGCUGCUGUGCAUGCUCCCCUGGUGCUCAAGAUACUUGGCUAGACUCGACCUGCUACAUUCGUGGCGGGCAUGUAAGGGCCUUACUGGUUAGAAGUCUAUGAUGCGGUGCAGACUUAUUACGAGCCCUAAUUAAGGCACUACAAACACUUAAACAGUGCUUUGUCAAAAGUGCUAGUUAUGUAGAGGAUUAAACUGUCUGAAAAUUCUCCACCUAUAUUUUUACUUAGAUUUAUCAUACUGCCGAAAAACAGCAAAAACUUGGAGUUUUGGUUUCUUUGUAGGUACAGAGUUUUUGAGCUGGAACUAUGUUACAAAAGGACUAAACAGACUUGAGACACUGUAUAUAGACUCAAGACCUGGUUUCAGUUCCUUACCUUGAUUCAAACUCGAAUUUCUAAACAUGUACCUUUCCCGUUUAAUGUUAAAAAUAACUCAUAUGAAAAGGUUCGUUACUCAUCAUGAAAAGACUUAUCUCUUGUAAGUUUACCACUUAAAAAUCGCAAAUUGUUUCAUAGAAACAAAGUUUUGCGACUGACUAACAUACUACUCAAGUUUAUUUGAAAUUUUCAAUGUCCUCUAUAGACUACUUCCGUAAACGUACCCCUUUUUCUAAGCCUAACUCACAUGGAGCAGGUUCGUGAUUCAUCUUCGAUUUCUCUAGCCCUUGUAAUCUUAACACUUGCCGACAGAUCUGUUUGCUUAGUCUGACUUCGAAGAUGUAGUAAUCUGGAAUACUGUAAUAGAUCCACACGGCUGGUUCGUCGCCUGUCUAAAAGUAAAUAAAAGACAAAAACCAAGAUUAGGAACAUGUUUAUCGAUUCAAAAUCAGCAAGUAUUUGCUACUUUAAGCUUUAGGUUUUCAGUCUAGAAACUGCAUUUCGAGCUGAAAAGCCACUGGUUCGUAACCUGCAUAUCCACUUUACCUUAAUCAACCAGGUCGCAUCUCUAUAAAGAUACAGAUAAAAACUUCACACAAGUAGUAAUUAAAACCUAAAUAAACCUGUUCUUUUCCAACAAGCAAAAGUAAAGUAAAUCAGAGUAGCCAUAUUGUUUUUCUAGAUUCUUAUUUUAAAGUGGCUAAUAUCAUAAGUUGAGAUCUAUGAUCGGUGUUUGCUUUAGGUGUCCGGAUAGCACAGGUAACUCGGAUGAAAUAUCGCUCACAUACGCGUAUGUUGACUUUUGAUUGUAUGCUUUGAAAUAUUAUUGUCUUUCAUUUAUCUUAAACCAGGGUAGUGUCCUAUUUCUUCGUAACAGUAAGCCUAAAUUGUAAACUAGAUGCGUAUGCAAAUUAUUGUAAUUAAUAUUAUCGGUUUGUAAAACAAUGCAAAAUGAGAUCAGGUUUGCUCUUAAUUUCAUUCACAACUGUAAAAAAGCAACAGGAAAAAGAUUGUGGCACCACUAUUUUUGUCAGCGUAAUUUUGCCAGUGUUCUUGGUAUAGAAACGAGCUGUGACGAUACAGGUGCAGCUGUUAUAGAAACAUCAGGAAAACUACUUGGAGAUUGUCUAUCUUCUCAAGCGAGGAUUAGUGUUAUGUUAGGUGGUGUAGUACCGUCCGUAGCAGCUGAACUUCACAAGGAAAACAUUGAAUCAGUUGUAAAUACUGCUAUGGCCAAAUCCAACAUUGGGUUCCGGGAUUUAAAUUUUGUUGCAGUUACAGUAAAACCAGGUAUGCCACUAUCUCUAAAGAUUGGAGUUAGUUUCGCUAAAUCUUUAGCAAGUCGAUUAAAGAUUCCUAUCAUACCGAUUGAUCAUAUGGAGGCUCAUGCACUGACAGCUCUGUUUACAGAUCCUCAGUUGAAAUUUCCCUAUAUGAUCCUCUUAAUAAGUGGUGGCCACAGUAUUUUGGGCAUUGUUCAAGGGCUAGAGGAUUACGUUUUAUUAGGUACAGCAUUAGAUGCCUCUCCAGGCGAUAUUCUUGAUAAGAUUUCUAGGCGUCUAAAACUAAAUCGUUUGUCAGAUGAGUGUUUGAAAGGCGUCGCAGGUGGUAAGGCUAUCGAAAUAAUUGCAAAGACUUAUAAUGGUGAUCAUCAACGAUUCAACCUACCUUUACCACGUUCACAAUCUAAGGAUUGUGAUUUCUCAUUUAGUGGAAUCCAUAUGGCUGCAGAACAGUUGAUCAAUAAAUUGGAAUCUGAAAAUCAUGGUAAUGGAUGCACUUUAUCGACCCAAGAUAUUGCUGAUGUUUGUGCAUCUGUACAGUUCUGUAUGACAAGAUUAAUCUGUCGGCGUGUUCAGCGUGCUAUUGAAUACUGUUUGUUGAACACUGAUUCCAGAGCCAGUGUAAUUAGAAAUCAUCCUACAGCUUUGGUUGUUUCUGGUGGGGUUGGUUCUAAUUGUGUUAUUCGUGCCGGUUUAACUGAGGUAGCUAAUUAUUAUAAUUUGAGAUUUGUGGCUCCUCCAUCAAGUCUAUGUACUGAUAAUGGAAUUAUGAUAGCAUGGAAUGGAGUUUUACUUCAAAAAGAAAAUUCUUCUCGUAUUACGGAAGAUAUCUGUUCUGUUGAUUUUUGUCCAAGAUCUACAUUUGGUGUUGACUGUCGAGAAGAUGUGAAACAAGCUAACAUAUCAAUUGAACCAAUUAAAUUAUCCAAUACUAUUUUCCAAUCAUAA